CAAAAGUGCACCAAUUCUCUUCGCCAUGGACGCGUACGUGGUCGACAAGGUGCUCGCGAAAGCGCUGUACGGCGACGUUGUCCUCGCGACCGAGGUGGGCAGUGACCGGCGCGUGGCCAUCAAGCGCAUGCAGCUUGUGGCGGCGACGCGCCGGCUCUCGCUCGACGGCGGCGUCCCGAUCGCCGAGGACAUCACGAUGGAGAAGACGGUCAACGACGCGCUCUCGGUAUCGCCGCGCCACCCCAACAUCAUGGCCAUGCUGCACUCGUUCGAACAAGACGGCUACAUGCACUUUGUGUUCGAGUACUGUGCGCAAGGCGAGCUCUUUACGCACCCACUGCCGUCGCCGGCGCCGGUAGCGGCCUCGUACUUUCGCCAGAUCGCAAAUGCCAUUGGGUUCAUGCACGCCCGUGGCUUUGCCCAUCGCGACGUCUCGCUCGAGAACGUGCUCAUGGAUGGCCCUGUGCCCAAGGUCUGCGACUUUGGCCUCGCGACGCAUGUCCAUCUCCGCGUCGCGCAGGCGGUCGGGAAGACAUUUUACAUGGCGCCCGAGAUGUACACCAAAAAGCCGUACGACCCCGCGGCCGCCGACGUGUGGGCGCUGGGCAUUCUCUUGCUCAUUCUGCUCACGGGCGCGCCGCCGUUCGCGCGGGCCAACGACACCGACAAGGUCUUUGCCUACGUCAAGUCGCAUGGGAUCACGACGGUGCUUCGGGCGUGGAAGCUUGUGCACUUGGUGCCGGCGCCGGCGCUCGACUUGCUCGAGCGCAUGCUGGUCGCGGACCCAAGUAUGCGCAUCACGAUGGACCAGGUGCUGGCCCACCCGUUUGUGAAGGACCCAAAGGCCUCGACGCGCCCCCGCAAGCGUGUGAUUCUGCGCCGCUGGCUCAGUGUGCUUCGACGACGCAUGGCCGAGUUUCUCAAAAACGUCUUUCCGUCCGUGCACGCCACUACGACACUCGCAGCGUCGCGCCGCAACGCGCUGUAGCUGCUACACGGCGUCGACGAUUGUACCCUAAGUUUAAACCUCUUUUUUAAUGCUACUUAUUUCUCAACUUUCACAGACAA